CCAGGAGCCUGCGGAGCCUCCCGGGUCCCCGCGCCGGAGAGGGGCUGGGGGGCAGGCGGCCGGGCGGACCUGGCGGGCGCCGAGGGCGGCCGCGGGCGUCAGCAUGCAGGCGCGGCGGCGCGCGUGAGGAGGAUGCGGCAGCGGGCGCCGCGGCGGGCGGAGGAGUAGGCGGCGGUGCCCUGGGGAGGCAGCCGCGCGCGGGCCAGACGGCUCCCGGAGGCUCCGCAGUGCCGCCGCCGUCGCCCGGGAGGCUCCGCGCGGGAGCCAUGUAACCUGCGGCGGGCUCCGGGCUGCUCCGUCCUCGCCCCAGCUCCCCGGCCAGCGCGGCAGCGGGGCCACGAUGAAGAAGCAGUUCAAUCGCAUGCGCCAGCUGGCCAACCAGACGGUGGGCAGGGCAGAAAAGACUGAAGUUCUGAGUGAAGACCUUCUUCAGGUGGAGAAACGCCUGGAGCUGGUGAAGCAAGUCUCCCACAGCACGCACAAGAAGCUCACCGCAUGUCUCCAGGGCCAGCAAGGGGCCGAGGCUGACAAGCGCUCUAAAAAGUUGCCUUUGACAACACUGGCUCAGUGUUUGAUGGAGGGGUCAGCUAUCCUGGGAGAUGACACGCUUCUCGGGAAGAUGCUGAAACUCUGCGGAGAGACCGAGGACAAGCUGGCUCAGGAGCUGAUCCACUUCGAGCUGCAGGUGGAGAGAGACGUGAUUGAGCCCCUGUUUUUGCUGGCCGAGGUGGAAAUCCCAAAUAUUCAGAAGCAGAGGAAACAUUUAGCAAAGUUGGUGUUGGAUAUGGAUUCGUCACGAACAAGGUGGCAGCAGACGUCGAAGUCUUUAGGUUUGUCCGGCAGCUUGCAGCCCGCAGGUGCCAAAGCUGACGCCCUCAGGGAAGAGAUGGACGAGGCCGCCAACCGAGUGGAGAUUUGCAGGGACCAGCUCUCGGCGGACAUGUACAGUUUUGUGGCCAAAGAAAUCGACUAUGCAAACUACUUUCAAACGCUAAUAGAAGUGCAGGCAGAAUACCACAGGAAGUCCCUGACGCUCCUGCAGGCUGUGCUGCCCCAGAUAAAGGCACAGCAGGAGGCCUGGGUAGAGAAGCCUUCCUUCGGGAAGCCCUUGGAGGAGCACCUCAUGAUCAGCGGCCGGGAGAUCGCCUUCCCAAUUGAGGCCUGUGUGACGAUGCUGCUGGAAUGUGGAAUGCAGGAGGAGGGACUCUUCCGGGUGGCGCCGUCUGCCUCCAAGUUGAAGAAGCUAAAAGCCGCCUUGGACUGCUGUGUGGUCGAUGUGCAGGAGUACUCAGCAGACCCCCAUGCAAUUGCAGGAGCUUUGAAAUCUUACCUCCGAGAGUUGCCAGAACCUCUUAUGACCUUUGAACUCUAUGACGAGUGGAUUCAGGCUUCCAAUAUUCAGGAGCAAGACAAGAGGCUUCAGGCGCUGUGGAAUGCUUGUGAAAAAUUGCCCAAGGCCAAUCACAACAACAUCCGAUACUUGAUCAAAUUUUUAUCCAAGCUAUCAGAAUAUCAAGAUGUGAACAAGAUGACUCCCAGCAACAUGGCAAUUGUGUUAGGCCCCAACUUGCUGUGGCCACAAGCAGAAGGGAACAUCACGGAGAUGAUGACCACGGUUUCGCUGCAGAUUGUGGGGAUUGUCGAACCCAUCAUCCAGCAUGCAGACUGGUUCUUUCCUGGAGAGAUAGAGUUCAACAUCACAGGGAAUUAUGGGAGUCCGGUACACGUGAACCACAACGCCAACUAUAGCUCAAUGCCCUCCCCAGACAUGGACCCCACUGACCGUCGCCAGCCCGAGCAGAUCCGCCGGCCCCUCAGCGUCGCCACGGAUAAUAUGAUGCUGGAGUUUUACAAAAAGGAUGGCCUUAGGAAAAUCCAAAGCAUGGGCGUGCGGGUCAUGGACACGUCCUGGGUGGCCCGAAGAGGCUCCUCGGCCGGCAGGAAGGCGUCCUGCGCCCCGCCCACCAUGCAGCCCCCCGCGCCGCCCGCCGAGCUGGCUGCCGCGCCUCUGCCUUCGCCGCUCCCGGAGCAGCCCCCGGACGGCCCCGCGGUGGCGGCGGCGGUGGCGGCCCCCUCGCUUUCGCCGUCGGGCUUGGGGCUCCAGCCCGGGGUGGAGCGCACCAGCGCUUCGAAAAGCAAGGAGCUUUCUCCUGGAUCUGGGCAGAAAGGAAGUCCAGGCUCCAGCCAGGGGACGCCCUGUACGGGGACCCAGCCAGGGGCCCCGCCAGGCGCCAGCCCCAGCCAGCCGCCCCCAGACCAGAGCCCUCACACUCUUCGGAAAGUUUCCAAGAAGCUGGCACCCAUCCCGCCCAAGGUCCCCUUCGGCCAGCCGGGGGCCGUGGCUGACCAGUCUGCCGGCCAGCCGUCCCCGCUCAGCCUGUCCCCCACGCCCCCGAGCACCCCCUCGCCCUACGGACUGAGUUACCCUCAGGGGUACUCCCUGGCCUCCGGCCAGCUCUCCCCGGCCGCCGCGGCCCCUGCCCUGGCCUCCCCCGCCGGCUUCACGAGCGCCGCGGCCAAGUCUCGGCCCACCCCCAAGCCCCGACAGAGACCCACGCUGCCGCCCCCUCAGCCUCCUACGGUCAGCCUGCCGGCCCCGAGUCCGCAGUCCACGGAGCACCCCGUGCUGGAUGGCGUGGCCCCCGGGGAGAGCAUGUCUACAGAUCUCGUCCACUUUGACAUCCCCUCCAUCCACGUAGAGCUCGGGCCGCCGCUCCGCCUGAGCCCCCUGGAGCACGCGCGGCGACACUCGGUGACGGAGAAGAGGGACUCGGAGGAGGAGUCUGAGAGCACCGCCCUCUGACCCGCGCAGGCCCCGCCCACCACCCACCCUGGAGCGCCCCCUGGGCUCGCCGAGCGAGCGGCUGUGCGGUCACUGCCAGCGAGGCUGGAGUCGUGCGCCAAACUGUCCCCUCCGGCCUGCGUGGCCGGAGUAGGUGCAGAGUUCGUUUGUUCCCCGGGGUGGUGACUUUGGCCUUUUGUUUGAUCUUUGCCUUUUGACUUUGUGCCUAUUUUGAUCCACUUUCAGCCUACCCCCCCCCCCCCCAGGGCUUGCGCGUCAGAAAGGUCGUUUGCAGCUGCAGGCUGGGGGUGCGGGGAGGGUUGGGGUGCCUGGUGCCACCCGCGGUUGCCCUCCCAGGCUCUGACAGCUCGGGGGGCGCCCUCCCGUCACCUCGGUGACUACAGGGGACCCCCCCCCCAGCAGACUGGCUCUGGGAUCCAGAAGUCGUGGCAGCGACGUGCGCCCGCAGCGCAAGUCGGGGGGUGGGGGAGGCAGCCGGUGUACAACCUGCGGCCGCCCUGACGCGUGGGCUUUAAAGUCAAUGGCUUAACACAAAAUCUGCUUCCCUUCCUAAGGGUUUUGCUUUUCCCUACCGUGUGACCGAAAGCUCCCGUCACUACCUUCUCGUUUUAUACUUCUGAAUUUCUAAUCUGAUCUUGAGGGCGCCUGGACGGCGGAGGAUGGCGCCCCGGCCCCGCAGAAACCUCCGCCGCCAGUAACUACCCCCAUACCCCCCCCCCCCCCCCCCCACGGCAGGUCGCCUCUCCUUCCCGGAGGCCGCAGGGAACAGCAAUAAUCGCGCGAACCCGAGCAGCACGCAGGAAGGGAAGGUGGCCCUCGGCGACGCGGGGCAGGAGGCACGGCCCCCGGGCCCGCGGGCUGCGCUCAGCAGUGGGGCGGCGCCGGAGGACACAGGAAACCCAGUCACACUUGGGGAUUAAGGGAGUGAGACGGCAUCGGGUCUUGCAUGCAACUCAGAAGUUCCGAUUUUAUCCGUUUAAAAUCGAUGCGAUCUACCUAUACAUGAUAUAAUGUUUGUAUAUAUGAAAUCUAUAUUUGUUGAAUUUGAGCCAAACUAAACCCAUGUAUAGGUGUACAAUGAGAAAUUCAAAUGCUUAUCCCCCCCCCACACACACACACACGGUGUAAAGUAACCCUCCCCGCUGGUGGGAUUUUGCCACUUCUGAUGCUAACAAACAGCUUUGCUCACUUCUGGCGAGGACGGUUCAGUACCCAAUUUGUAACGGAGCCCAGGGGUUGAAAGUUACCUUUAAAUACAUGUACAAAUAGUUGUCAAAAGUAAUGUUAUUAAAAUAGAUUUAUUAUCCCUGA